GCGCAGACGCGAUCUCAGCCUCCCCGCACCACCGAUACCUAGCGCCGCCUCGCCCCCGCCGUCGCCGCGCCUCCGGCGAGACAGGACCCCGCCAUGCCGAUCUCAUCCUCCCUCUCCGCGCGCCUCGGCCCCGGUCCCGCGCCCACGGCCGCGCCCGCACGGUGGGGCCCUUACGCCCGCCCCUCCGAACCCCGCAGGAGCGGCUGCGCCAAGGCCUCCCGCCCGUCCCUCCGCCUCGAACCCGAGACGGCGAGGCUCCUCGGCCCCGGGCGGAGGGCCGAAUCCGGCGGAUUGAGUCGCGGCGCCGCAGCCCCUGCACCUACACGACGGCGGCUUGGAGACCCGAAGAAGUCGGACCAGAAGACGGAUCCCAAGCCGGCGGGGACGAAUCCAGAGCCGAUCCAGGAGCCGCGCGUCGAGGAGGGCCGUGGCUGCGGCGGUUUCAAUUUCCUCUGCGCCCUCGCUGGACACAAGGAGGCUAUUACUGGAAUCUCUAUGCCGAUGGGGUCUGACAAGCUCUACUCUGGCAGUGCCGACGGGUCUGUUCGCGUAUGGGACGGCAAAUCUGGCAAGUGCGUUGAUGUCAUCAAGAUGGGAGGGAAGAUUGGCUGUAUGAUCACUCACGACAAGUGGGUAUUUGUUGGAAUACCAAAAUCCGUGGAGGCAUGGAACAUAAACACAGGGAUGAAGCUAAGUCUUCAGGGACCUUCUGGGCUUGUUUGUUCCAUGACUAUCAAGGAUGGGAUGCUGUUUGCUGGCACGGCGGACGGGCGCAUCAUGGCUUGGAAAUUUCCUGCUAAGGACAUCAACUCGGAACCAGUGGCAAUCCUCGCUGGUCAUGACCAUCAUGUGAUUUCACUUGCUGUCUCAGCAACAAGGCUUUACUCUGGCUCACUUGACAAGACAAUCAGAGUAUGGGACCUUAAAAAUCUUCAAUGUGUCCAAACACUCUCUGAGCAUAAGGCUGCUGUUACUUCUGUGCUUUGUUGGGGUCAGAAGUUACUUUCUUGCUCUCUGGACAAGACUGUAAAGGCCUGGGCUGCUUCAGAAUCUGGAGACCUUCAACUCAUGCAUACCCACUCUGAGGAGCAUGGUGUGCGCACCCUCUUUGGCAUGCAUCGUCCGGGAAAGACGCCGGUUCUGUUGUGCUCCCUCCACAAGCGCAGCUGCGUCCGCCUGUUGGACCUGCCAUCGUUCGAGGAGAUGGGCACGCUCUCGUCCAAAACAGAAGUGAAGACCAUCGAACUCGCCCAAGGGCCAUCGUGGCUGCUUUUCACCGGGGAUGGCGCGGGCGAGCUCAAGGUGUGGACGUGGGCGUCCCAAGACGAGGAGCUAGCCCCCAACACCGGCGCUGCCAUAAACGUCUGCUAGGCAUGCAUAGUCGAUCAUGCUCAUGCAUGCGCUGAGCUAGCUCCACCGUUGUGAUGUCUACUACUUCCCCCCUGCCCUUUCCUAAAUAGAUAUUUAGAGAUUCCAACAUGGACUACAUAUGGAGCAAAAUGAAUGAAUGUAUACUUUAGAAUA